GUUAUUCCUACUUUCGCUUUACUUAAAUGAAGGUCUAACAAAGAUACGCCUAUACUUCAUUCUCCAACACCACUUUAACUAGUAGUUAUGGCAUCUAAUAAAUUUGAUCAAAGGGCAAUCGACCCGAGGCGAAAGAACUACUACGAGUUAAAAAAAGUUGGAAAACAUUGGAUAAUAAAAGCUGGCGGUAAAGUAAAACAUUUGCAAUUUGCUAACAAUGCAAGGGAAGUGUAUUUAGAUGAAAACAUUAUUGCUGUUGACGACAUUUUGUUCGAAGUUAAAGAAGACUCCAGUGGUGAUAUAUUUACAGAGAGGAUUUCACCGCUGGUUUGCCAACCCGUUUUAGAUGACAAAAACCAGACUAAAGCUGUAAGCCAAGCUGAACGUUAUGAAAUUGAACAGGUAAUGUUUGAUAUGGGAUCCGGAGACUUUGAUAAAGGUAAUGAUGAAUAUGACUCUCUUGAAGCGGGACAAACGGAAGUGGACAGUAUUAUUGAGAGAUGCAACAUCAAUGCAGCUAAAGGAAGUUUUUCGACAAAAGAGUCACAGACGCUGGAACCAUCUUGUGAUGUAAGAAUUAGAAAUACGGGCAUGAGAAAAGAUGUACUUCAUGCUAAUGCAGACGUGGAGUCUAAAGUGAAACAUCUUUCCAUGUCACCCAAACAGGUAAUAAAUAAAGUAAUUGAGAAUGUUACAAUGACAGAGUAUGAUGUUGUUAAGGAAUUGUAUGGUGACAAGCUCGCCUGUCUCAAAGAAGAAGGUGCUACAAUCAGUCACAGUAGUAGUAAGAAGGAAUUGUCUGUCACGGGCAAUGUUGUCAUAGUAAACACUGCAUUAGUAACCUUGCGUAAAUAUGUUCAUGAUGUUAAAGACAUGCAGAGUUGUGAAGUACCUGUUAACUCUUUCGUAGACAAGGAAGUGUGCAAGAUUCUAAGUGAUUUGCCGGUUAACCGAGAAAUCGUUUAUAUAUGUAAUAGAAAAGACUCGUGUAUUGUUGUGUUUGCUAGAACAAAAAGGGUACUAGACAGAGCAGCAAGAGACCUACAGAUCAGACUUAAAUACAGGGGACAGUAUACCAGACAAGCAGAAGCAAUGGAUACAUCAGACGAUGGACAGGUAUCCCCUGGUAAAGGAACGUCAUCGUACAAGCCAAAAGUCAAAAGAAAGUUUUCAUUGUCAAAAGAUGUAAAGAAUUUUAUCGUAUAUGAAAACGGGAACCUUGUUAUAAGGGUGUAUGAAGCCAACAUCAUAGAUGUUCCUGCUGAAGGUAUAGUGAAUGCUGCCAACCAAGACCUUAAUCACGUUGGCGGUGUAGCCCGUGUCAUUGCGAAGGCCGCAGGUGAAACACUUUUAAGAGAAUGUGAACAUGCAAUUUUGAAUAACAAAGGUAGGAUACAUUUUUACUAAUCUCCCAUCAACCUUAUGUAGGAAGUCGCUGUUU